AUGCCGGACCGCCAGUUCUACUGCUGGAAAGUAUCCGUCACGUACCGGUGCGGCUCGUGGACGACGUACCGCGAGACGGCCAAGGACUGCGACACGCACCGCAUCGGCGGCCUCGACAGCAGCAGCGACAGCAACGAGUCAUCACAGGACUCUUCGUCGGCGGCAUCCUCUUAG